UGGCGGUCCUCGAGUGGCGAAUCGUACACAUGGUCGACCCGGACCUCAACGGCCCUCCCGUCGUCACGCCGCUAGCCGCAGACCGCAGUGGGUGGGGGGCUGCUGCGGGUGACGGCAGUGGUGACGGCAGUGGUGGCAGCGCACAGCUGGAGGAUGAGAAGGUGGGGAUUCUCCUGAGCAUGGGGCUCGAGAGGGACCAGGCCGAGUGCGCACUCGUCAAGGCCGCGACAGGUAAGGGACUGAUGAGUCGUAUAUUCGUCUUCGCCGUUUUGUGUGUGUCAGAUCGCCGCCUACAUUUUAUAUCUGAAAACCCUUUCUUCCCCAGACGCCCACGACACAGCGCUAAAGACUGACAGGAAUUUGUCACGAAAGGGAGACGCAUACAACGUGUCUAUGUGUGUGUCUCGCCAGGGAAGUGGACAAGGCGCCUGUCGUACGUACUUGUCCAAGCAGCUGCUGCCCAAGGAAGUCGAGACAGGUACAAAAGAGAGGCGUACCUUUUGCAUUGUCGGUCUUCUGAUGGCGUGAACGGACCAUCGUGCGGGCGGUGUCCGCUUUCGUGGCUGAGUGUGCAGGUGUUUUUGGUCUCGAUUCUACGACAGCAACGGGACAAAGCAGCACGAGAGUCGUCGAAGGAACAAGACCGAUAAAGUGGCUGCGAAUGGAUAAGUCCUUUGCGUAUCGAAACCCCGAUAUGUGUGUUUGCAGUCAAGUCCCAUCGGCGUUAGCUUUCCAGAGAAGCUCGUCAUCCUCAACGAGUGGUACAUAUGUCUGUCGAGACACGCACACACACACAACACACAAUUGCCUCCGCGUCCUUUGCAGAGAGGAAGGUUAGGGGUUCAUGUGGCGAUGGCCGUGGCAACGCGCAGCAGGCUCGCUCGUCGCGAGGCCAGAGGACCGGUGCGAGGGAGGAGAGAUAGGUGUGCCACUCAAUUGAUGGAUCCACUAACUUGUUUGCUACAUACACGUUGGAUGCAUGUCUUCAUUCGUGCGUAUGUGUGUGCGUGCGUGCGUCAGGGCUCGUGUGGCGAGGUUGGAGGCAUGCUUUCUGUCCCUGUACUGGGCAGCGACUGCGGGCAACAUGCAGCAGAGACACGAGAAACUCGAGACGCUUAUAGAGGUGGGUGGGUGUGCAUCCAGGCAGCGCAGCGCAGCGCAGCGCAGCGCACACAAAUGAGAUACAUAGACGUCUGACUCCUGUCCCUCUCAUUUUGCCGGUCUACUGUACCUGCCUGCCUGUUGCUUGUUGUUUGUUUCAGGCAUACCAAGAGCACACGGCUGAUGACGACCCUACGGCCCCCUUGCCCACAGACAAGUGCCAUGCUCUGGGAGCGGCCCAUCUGGGCCUGACCUCGUCAGACGCCGAGGUGGUGAGGGACGUCAAGCGAAUUGUGGCCGACACGAGGGUGGACAUUUCGGCUGAGCGCACCGCUGCAUUCGCACACGUAUGUACAUACCCACAGUGAACGAAGGAAGGAAAUGCAUGUGAUGCACACGCCACCGCAGCACGUGUGUGUAUGGUAUGUAUGUGUCUGUUGGUGGUCGGCCUUCUGGCUGCGUGUGUGUGCAGGUGUUGCCUCGCGACUGCCCCGCCCCUUCUGUCAGCCGCCAGACGGCCGACAGAUACCGCCAGAAAGUCGCCGAUACCGUCAUAUACGAAUCAACCCGCACCCUCAAGAACAUGUAGGCAGGCAGGCAGGCAGGCAGGUAGGCACACACAAAGACAGACACAAAGACAGACAGACUGGGAUGGAUGGAUGGUUGCGUGUGUGUUGGUGUGCGUGUGCCAAUCCAAUAGGGAGUUUGUGUACUCGCCGGGCGAUUCCCGGAUUGCAGCUGUCAACGUAUAUUCCCCCCUCCCUGUCACCCCCGUGUGUGUGGCCCGGGCGCUAGCCAAAACCCAGACCGACUCACUGGUGAGAGAGAGGAGCCAAUCGCACCCCACGCUCUUUGACAUAGAUAGAAACAUGCUCACGAACGGCCGUGUGUGUGUGUGUGUGUGUUGUGCUGUUGAUCGAUUGAUUGAUACAUUGGCUGAUUCAUUCAGCGUUCGGCUGUCCGUGAGGCCCUGGACCCCAUGGGCAUGGGCGUUCCCGAGAUGGCCAACCUCCCCUUCGACUUUUUGCUGGGGGCCUCGCAGCUGGCCUUGGAGCAACUGAGGGAGCACCGGCGGCAGGCCGUGUGUGGCGGCAGCUGGCCAACUUGGAGAGGGAGACGGCCCGUCAGCAAGCGGCCAACCCCCACACCAACCAGACGCAGCCGACAACAAACAGGAAGAGGGCGGCCAGUGAGGUGGGCGGCGACAAGGCAGCAGCAGCAGAGGAGGGCGACGGAGGCCGCUACAGGGGUGGCAAGGCGCGCAAGAAAUACCACCAGUCGGGGGCGUUUGACAAUUUGAACCGGCCAGAGGAUUCAUCGCAAAUGCAUUUUGUCGAUCUGUGCGUCCCGCCGUCUGCCUGCAGGGUCUGAGUCUUUGUCAGAUGUUGGGAGGCUAAAAGAUGAUUCGCUGCCUACACUUUAUAUUUGCACGGUUGUUUGCCAAUAGUUACGGUCAUGCUGAUGACGAUUUCUG